AUGGCAUCAGGCCCGCUCCCAGUUCUUGUCAUCAUUGGCGGCGGCGGCAUUGGCCUUGCCGCAGCGCACCGCCUCGGACCCGGCCGACGAAUUCUGUUUGCAAGUCGCUCCUCCUCUACCCUUGACGCCGGGGCCGAAUCCCUCAAGAAGGAGGGCCUCGAGGUUGUCACGCAACAGGUCGACGUCUCUUCUUACGACUCCGUGUCAGCUGUCGCGAAGGCGGCCGCGUCUCUGGGCUCCAUCGAAGCUGUCGUACUGACGUCUGGCGUCAGCGCGGUAGUGGGAUCCGUCGAGAUGAUUCUUGCGGUGGACAUUCUGGGCACUGCGAACGUGAUUGAUGCGUUUGGGAAGGAAGUCGACAUGCCUGAAGGUUCUUCACUUGUUUGUACCGGGAGCAUAGCGCAACACUUGUGCCCACCUAUGUCCCCAGAGCUGGAGACGCACCUCGCUACGGCCCCGCUCUCAUCCCUCCUGUCGCCAAACAAGGAGCUUGAUCAUAUCAUUAAAGGAGAAUGCAGAGUUGCAUACUAUGUUGCGAAGAAGGCGAACUUUCUACGGGCUCAGGCGGCAGCGGCGUCGAGAGAGUAUGCUAGCAAAGGUGUAAGAGUCAAUUGCGUUAGUCCCGGGAUGACGGAGACCAACAUGUUAACGGCAGAGAAGUCGGUGAAUGUGGUGGGCGAUAUGAUUACUGCUGCGCUGAAGGUUCAUCCUUUGAAAAGAGCAUCUACGACAGAUGAGGUCGCUCAGGCGAUUGAGUUUGUUGUUCGGUGCGGCUACGUUAAUGGGGUUGAUAUUCUCAUUGAUGGGGGAAUUCACGCGACAGAAUUGUGGAGCAGCCUCGUCUAUCCUGAGAAGGCAGCAAAUCUGAGAAAGUCCAUGAACGGAUAG